UCUCAAUUCAAAAAAAAAAAAAAAAAAAAAUCACAAUUUGCGGUUUUACAUAUAUUUCUCGCUCUUCCAUUUUUGUGAGUGCUCAGGAGGUGAGGUGAGGUCGUGUUUACUUCUAAAACCCCUUUCCUCCUCUCGGAACUUCUCUCUUUACUUUCUCUCUCUACCAUGGCUUCCGAUGCCUUCACCGACAAAAAUGCCAUUUUCAGGAAGCUGAAAUCGAAGCCAGAAAACAAGAUGUGUUUCGAUUGCAAUGCGAAGAAUCCAACUUGGGCGUCUGUUACGUACGGGAUCUUCCUCUGUAUCGAUUGCUCGGCUGUUCAUCGCAGUCUCGGUGUUCAUGUCAGCUUUGUGAGGUCUACCAAUUUGGACUCAUGGACCCCAGAGCAGUUAAAGGUGAUGAGCUUUGGGGGAAAUAACCGAGCUCAAGUUUUCUUCAAGCAGCAUGGAUGGACUGAUGGAGGCAAGAUUGAGGCCAAGUAUACCUCAAGAGCUGCUGAAUUAUAUAGGCAACUACUUUCAAAAGAAGUUGCUAAAAGUUCUAAAGAAGAGGCUGGUUUGCCGUCGUCACCAGUUGUAUCUCAGUCUGCACAAGCUGCUAAUGGAUUUCUUGAUUUCAAGAUCGACGAAUUUCCAAAAGAAAGUUCUUCAGGAAAGCAUGAAACUUCUGAUGCCCCCGCUUCACCUAGAGCUGCACAUACAGUUGUCACCACUUCUGUCAAGAAGCCUCUUGGUGCAAAGAAAACAGGAAAGACUGGGGGGCGGGGGCUUGGUGCCCGAAAGCUUACUUCUAAGCCAAGUGAAAGUCUCUAUGACCAAAAGCCUGAAGAACCACCUGUACAAGUUUCCACAUCCACUAAUAACACAUCGACAGCUGGUUCAUCUUUUACAUCACGUUUUGAGUACAUAGAUAAUGUCCAAGCUACUGAUGUGAGUUCUGGAGGCACACAUAUGAUUAGCCACGUAUCUCCCCCAAAGUCGUCAGGUUUCUUCGCAGACUAUGGAAUGGAGAGUGGUUUUCCAAAGAAAACAAGCUCCAAUUUGUCAAAAGUGCAAAUUCAGGAAACUGAUGAAGCACGGAAGAAGUUCUCCAACGCAAAAUCUAUUUCGUCUGCCCAAUUUUUUGGUGACCAGAACAAUGGUGGGAAUGUAGAUUCUCAAGUUUCCUUGCAAAAGUUCUCAGGUUCGGCUGCCAUCUCUAGUGCCGAUCUCUUUGGACAUGAUGCAGAUAAUUCUACUCUUGAUCUCGCUGCAAGUGACCUCAUUAACCGACUAUCUUUCCAGGCACAACAGGACAUCUCUUCUCUUAAGAAUAUCGCAGGGGAGACGGGGAAAAAAUUAAGUUCCCUUGCGUCCACUUUAAUGUCCGAUUUUCAGGACAGGGUCCUCUGAUAUAGUCAUGUUACAUUCGAAAUCAUCAGGAAUUUGUUACAAUAGUAGCCCAUAUUUUGUCCAGUAAUUCAUAAAAUUCUUUCAGUAGACAAAAAUUUUGAACACUCUCUAGGCUUAUGACAAGCUGGUAUUAUUUUAUCGUGUAGCUGAGGAAUUCUCUGUUAAGAUUGGUUUGUUUGUUCUGUAUGAAACUUGAAGUGAGGAAGAAGUCGAAAUUAGGAAACCUUUGAUUGUAAAGUUUUUAUUUUAUCAUUCUGGGUCUUGUGGCCUUAUUGGGGUGAAAUCAUAUGGAAGAGCUUACCUGACUUGUGCAAUUAUAAA